AUGCCGGAGAAGCGGCCGUUCGAGCGGCUGCCCGCCGACGUGUCCCCCCUCAACUAUGGGCUCUGCCUCAAGCCGGACCUCAUCGACUUCACCUUCGAGGGCAAGCUGGAGGCCGCCGUGCAGGUGAAAAAUGCAACCAACCAAAUCGUGAUGAACUGCGCCGACAUCGACAUCAUCACCGCGUCCUACGCCCCGGAAGGAGACGAAGAGGUUCACGCCACAGGGUUCAACUACCAAAACGAGGAUGAAAAGGUCACUCUGUCCUUCCCCAGCACCCUGCAGAAAGGGACAGGGACGCUGAAGAUUGACUUUGUGGGGGAGCUGAACGACAAGAUGAAAGGCUUUUACCGGAGUAAGUACAGCACGGCCAGCGGGGACACGCGCUACGCCGCCGUCACCCAGUUCGAGGCCACUGACGCUCGCAGAGCUUUCCCUUGCUGGGAUGAGCCUGCAAUUAAAGCAACGUUUGAUAUUUCUCUGGUGGUUCCCAAGGACAGAGUAGCUUUGUCAAAUAUGAACGUGGUGGAGCGGCGGCCGUACCCCGACGACGAGAGCCUGGUGGAGGUGAAGUUCGCGCGCUCGCCGGUGAUGUCCACGUACCUGGUGGCCUUCGUGGUGGGCGAGUACGACUUCGUGGAGGCGCGGUCGCAGGACGGCGUCCUGGUGCGCGUCUACACGCCCGUGGGCAAGGCCGAGCAGGGCAAGUUCGCCCUGGAGGUUGCUGCUAAAACUCUGCCUUUUUAUAAGGACUACUUCAAUGUUCCUUACCCUCUUCCUAAAAUUGAUCUCAUAGCUAUUGCAGACUUUGCUGCUGGUGCCAUGGAGAACUGGGGCCUUGUUACUUAUAGGGAGACUGCUUUGCUCAUCGACCCCAAGAAUUCCUGCUCCUCGUCCCGCCAGUGGGUGGCUCUGGUGGUGGGACACGAACUGGCUCACCAGUGGUUUGGGAACCUCGUCACCAUGGAGUGGUGGACCCACCUGUGGCUGAACGAGGGCUUUGCCUCGUGGAUCGAGUACCUGUGCGUGGAUCACUGCUUCCCCGAGUACGACAUCUGGACCCAGUUCGUGUCUGCUGACUACACACGGGCCCAGGAGCUCGAUGCCUUAGACAACAGCCACCCCAUCGAGGUCAGCGUGGGCCAUCCCUCCGAGGUGGAUGAAAUAUUUGAUGCCAUUUCCUACAGCAAGGGAGCCUCUGUGAUCCGGAUGCUGCACGACUACAUUGGGGAUGAGGAUUUCCGGAAAGGAAUGAACCUGUACCUGACCAAGUUCCAGCAGAGGAAUGCUGCCACAGAGGAUCUCUGGGAAAGCCUGGAAAAAGCCAGUGGCAAACCCAUUGCUGCUGUGAUGAACACGUGGACCAAACAAAUGGGAUUUCCACUCAUUUACGUCGAGGCUGAACAGCAAGAAGAUGACAGAGUGUUGAAAUUGGUCCAGAAGAAAUUCUGUGCCAGUGGACCAUAUACUGGGGAGGAUUUCCCCAUGUGGAUGGUGCCCAUCAGCAUCUGCACGAGCGAGGACCCCAGCUGUGCCAAACUGCAGGUUUUGAUGGACAAGCCCGAGCUCACCGUGGUCUUGAAGGACACCAAGCCGGAGCACUGGGUCAAGCUGAACCUGGGCACCGUGGGCUUCUACCGCACGCAGUACAGCCCGGCCAUGCUGGAGAGCCUGAUCCCGGCCAUCAGGGACCUGUCCCUGCCCCCCGUGGACAGGCUGGGGCUGCAGAACGACCUCUUCUCCCUGGCCCGAGCUGGAAUCAUCAGCACCGUGGAGGUGCUGAAAGUGAUGGAAGCUUUUGUGAACGAGCCCAACUACACCGUGUGGAGCGACCUGAGCUGCAACCUGGGCAUCCUGGGCACGCUCCUGUCCCACACAGACUUCUACGAGGACAUCCAGGUGUUCGUCAGAGACGUCUUCUCCCCCAUCGGGGAGAGGCUGGGCUGGGACCCCAAACCUGGAGAGGGCCACCUGGACGCCCUGCUGAGGGGGCUGGUUUUGGGCAAGCUGGGAAAAGCCGGGCACAAGGCGACGCUGGAAGAGGCCCGGCGCCGCUUCAAGGAGCACGUGGAAGGGAAGCACAUCCUGUCUGCUGACCUGAGGAGUCCUGUCUACGUGACCGUGCUGAAGCACGGGGACAGCUCCACCCUGGACACCAUGCUGAAGCUGCACAAGCAGGCCGACAUGCAGGAGGAGAAGAACCGGAUCGAGCGCGUCCUCGGGGCCAUCUCCCAGCCCGAGCUGAUCCAGAAAGUUCUCACCUUUGCACUUUCGGAAGAGGUACGUCCCCAGGACACGGUGUCAGUGAUUGGAGGAGUGGCUGGAGGCAGCAAGCAGGGCAGGAAAGCUGCUUGGAAAUUCGUAAGGGACAAUUGGGAGGAGCUCUAUAAUCGAUACCAAGGUGGAUUCCUAAUAUCCAGAUUAAUAAAGCUCACAGUGGAUGGAUUUGCAAAUGAUAAAAUGGCUGCAGAAGUGAAGGCGUUCUUCGAGAGCCACCCGGCGCCGUCGGCCGAGCGCACGGUGCAGCAGUGCUGCGAGAACAUCCUGCUGAACGCGGCGUGGCUGCGGCGCGACGCCGACAGCAUCCAGCACUUCCUGCAGCAGCGCCGCGCCCCGCCCGCCCCGGUGUGAGCCCCCCGCCCGCCGCGGCCCCCGCAGCCCCGGGCACCGGGAGGAGCCCCCGCCGCCGCCCCACGUGCCGACAAUUUGGGAGUUUUGGUUUUGGUUUGU